AUGAUCGAUCCUUACAGUAUACUAGGAGUUACUCCGACGUGCUCGGAUGAUGACAUUAAAAAGUAUUAUAAACGACAGGCCUUUUUAGUUCACCCAGACAAAAAUAGUCAACCAGGUGCAGAAGAAGCAUUUAAAAUUCUUGUUCAUGCUUUCGACAUUAUAGGCGAACCGGAACGAAGACAAGCAUUCGAUCAGUCUAGGCAAGUUGAAGCGGCUUGGGGAGAAUUAAGUGAUUUGUUAUCUCAAUUACAUCGAAAAAUGGAACAAGCGGCUAAUACAAUUAGAUGUACAAACUGCGGAUUGAGGCACAAACGAAUUCCUACUCAAAGACCUUGUUAUGCAGCAAGAUUUUGUAGUCAAUGUAAAAUUCGUCAUAGUGCAAAAGAAGGCGAUAUUUGGGCAGAAUCACGAGUUAUGGGUUUUUUAUGGCAUUAUUACGCUUGUAUGGAAGGAGCUGUGUAUGACGUAACCGAUUGGGCUGCUUGUCAAGCUGGUAAUCUCAAACAUUUACGGGCAAAUACACAUAGUGUUCAAUACCGGAUUGUCUUGGGACAACGUCCGUCGACUCAGUCACCCAGCAGUGGUAACAAAAAGCGACAACAUAUGGACUCUAAUCCAACUGACGCUGAUUUUGAAGAUUUUUUAAAUAAUCUGUACACACACAAUAAAUCGGGCACGUCGACUACUACUACUACAGAACAACCGACUGCAAAAAGUGAUAACCGUCGACGAAAAACAAAACGCAAAUAA